AUGGCCGACACGGGCGCUGCUGGCGCGCCCGCCUCUUCCCUGGUCGCCGCGGCGGCCACGGCGGCCGCUAGCGCCGCCGCAGCUUCAGCCUUCGUGGGCGCAGACGGUGGCGGCGACGGUGGCAGUAGCGGCAACGGCGCCUCAUCCCCCGCCCCCGGCGCGCCACAAGCAGCAGCAGCGUCGUCGUCGUCGUCGUCACAGUUCCCUCCGAUGUCCCACUCCGUGUCGAAUGCCGCCGCGGCUGCUGCGGCCGCCGCGGCCGCGGCGACGACUACGACACCCCCCACGGAUGCAACCGUGCAGAACCCUACCACAAUCGUGCAGCAAGCGGGUCCUCUGAGCCUCGGCCUCGACGGCGCCGCCCCCGCCUCCGGCGGAGGCGGCAGCGGGGUGGGGGUCGAAGGGGUGACCGGCGGUGUAGCGGGGGUGUCGGCGACCGCCGCGGGUCCAGAGGCAACACCGGCGGUGCCGGUACCGGUGGCGGCAACACCGGCGGCGGCGACACCAGUGGCGGUACCACAAGCGGCGACACCACAAGCGGCGGAACCAACGGCGGAACCUGCGGGACCGGGGGCGGUGGCGGCGGCACCGACGCCGGCCACGACGGCAGUGGGACCGACUGGGGCGGGGGUUGGGCCCAUAAGCGCGGCUGGCUCGGACGGUAUCCUGGCGGCGGCGAGUACGACGGGAGGAGGGGCGGGGACGUCGUCGGGCAAGAAGCGGGCGUCGUCGGGGGGGCAGUCGAAGCCGCAGUCGGCGUGGAUGCUGUUCAUCCAGGAGCGGCGCGAGCAGGUCAAGCGCGACAACCCGGACAUCGCCGUCACACAGCAGCAGAAGAUCAUGAGCGAGAUCUGGAAGACGCUGGCUAGCGACGAGCGAGAGGCAUACCGCACCCGAGCCAGGGACGACCAGAAGCGGUAUAAGGCCGAGCAGGCGGAUAAGCCGGUCGUGAAAAAGGAGGAGUUCUACACCAACGACGAGAAGGGCCAGUCCACCGAGCUAGUUUGUCCCAUGGGCCGGAUCGGGAGGAUAAUCAAGCUAGAUCAGGAUGUCCAGAGCGUGACCAAGGAGGCCACGGCGCUCAUUGGAAAGGCCAUGGAGCUUUUCACGUCUCUCAUGGCCAAGGAGUCCUUUUCCGUGGCGCAAAGCCAGAACAGACGACUCCUCAAACUCCAAGACAUCACGGACAUCAUGCACAACCAGGACCAGUUUUACUGGAUCAAGGACGACUUCCCGCUGCCAACGCGGUGAUGAGAGUUCAGGAGAAUUGGUGUGCUGCGCGUGGAUAUACGUAGGGUAUAGAUCGGUAGAGGACGGCACAGCUGCGGCAGCAUCAGAGCUUUCAUGUACAGAACCUGCUCCCAUGCUGCUCGCUGUGGUCGAACGGGCAUUUUUUUUUGUUUCGUUUUCGUCUUUGUUUGAAGGAGAGGCAGGCAAGCCGAGCACACUCGUUCGCGCGUUUUGGUAGGAAACCCCGUGAUUGCGCACGGGGUUGGUUGGGGGGGUGGGGAGAGGGGACAGCAGCGCGUGUACUCCUAUUAUCACAAGCAAAGUUUGGUCAACCUUGGUGUCAGUCGCUGAGGGCUUGCAUUUGAUCAAACCGAAAGGAAGGCCGACACUCGGUGGCACUUGUGCACACCGGCCUUCGUGCUUCCUUCUUUUUUUUUUUCUGUGCGAAGCAUUAACGCGACACGUGGUGGCACCCACACGUGCGAGGUGCUGUGUCUUAUCCUUGUCUUAGCGCGGAUGGUGGUACACUGCCUUUUCGACAUGUUUUUGAUCGAUGUUCGUCUUUUUUUUUGUCCCGUGUUUUGGAUUGUUGUCCCAUGCGGUAAUAUCAUGGUGUGUUGUAAACCUAUUUGAGAUGCUACUUUGUAGGUAUUCAUCUCUCGGCCUUUGCAGCAGAGGCGGCAGCGGCAGUAGAACGCGCGUGCAUUGCCCUUGCGUGGCGUGUGCAGCCAGCGUGCGGUGUGCAGCCAGCGUUCGGUGUGUGCCGCUGGUUGCAACCAACCCUGCCCGCGAGAAUUGGCUGCCGGUGUGCGUAUGUGCGUGUAGUACGUAAAUGGAUGUGGAAACAUUGCAGUAUUGCCCCCCCGCCGCGGGAACACUGCAGAAUGCAUCCCCUGAGGGAAAGAUGCCCAGAGGGCUACCGUGCCUUUUCUUUGCCUGAAGACCUACUUGCGUUGUUUUGUCCUUGCUCCGGGUGGCGAUCGAGCUUUGGUUUUGUGUGUUUUCGCGAUGUUGCAGGCGGGUUGUGACGACGAUGCAUUAACAGGUUCUCGCGCUUGCGUGCGUUCUUCGUGAGUUGAGUACAAGUUUUGUUCUCUCAAGCAAGCCGGAUCGAGGGAAGCACGACGCACGCGGGAGAGAGAAGAUAUUGUACCAGGUAGAGAAUAGCUUCGGAAAUCCAACCGGCAAAUAACUGCUGGCACAGCUGCAAAACCAACGAACGACAACUGGAUC